GGCAGGUAGAAGAGGACCAGACUUGGCAGAGGGCAGUAGGCAGUAGGCCCUGGGCUGGGCCUGGCAGACCUGGCUGCUGUCUCCAGGUUCUGCAUAGGGUGCCUGCUAGCCCACUCUCCUCCUCUGGGCCAAUCACAGAAUAAACAGGGAAGAAACCAAGAGGUGGAUUAACACAGCUGGACAGGGAGGCAGAGGACAUAUAGUGCCACUCCAGGGACAGGAAGGCAGACAGUCAAUACCUCUUUCCUGACACGAGGCAGCUCUCAUUGCUAAAGCUCUGGGGGACUGGCAUAAUAACCUCUGACCCUUUCAGAGGGACAACAGGGAUAAGGUGAGACAGGGAAAGGCUGGGAGAUAAGUCCCAGCACCACCAAGUCAUAUCCCACAGAUAGCAAUGAAAUAAUACAGAAUAGACCAGAACCAACCCAGAAAGAGACACACGGUGAGAACUCAGCACAACCUGGGGGAAAGCUAGGAUUUCUAGUCGUGUGGUGCUUCAUGGACUCCACCCUGCCGAUACCAGCCAGCCAACCCCAACAAGACGAGGGCCUCUCUGUGGGCCUCUCCGCUAUCCCAGUCCCCUGGAAAAACCUAGGCCCCAGCAAAGGUAACAGGGAGUCCUCAGGAGACCUGGUAGAAGCCUCCACUUCCUGGGAGAAGGCCCAGGGUGAGGAACACCCGGCACCUGCUCCACUGGAUGUGUCACGCCUGCGCAGCUCCUCCAUGGAGAUCCGAGAGAAGGGCUCCGAGUUCCUAAAGGAGGAGCUAUACAAAGCCCAGAAGGAACUGAAGCUGAAGGAUGAAGAGUGUGAACGGCUUUGCAAAGUACGUGCACAGCUGGAGCAGGAGCUAGAGGAGCUGACAGCCAGCCUGUUUGAGGAAGCUCACAAGAUGGUUCGGGAAGCCAACAUGAAGCAGGCGACAUCGGAAAAGCAGUUGAAGGAGGCUUGGGGCAAGAUCGACAUGCUACAGGCAGAGGUGACAGCCUUGAAGACAUUGGUCAUCACAUCCACACCAGCCUCUCCCAACCGUGAGCUCCACCCACAGCUGCUGAGCCCCACCAAAGCUGGACCCCGAAAGGGCCACUCACGCCAAAAGAGCACCAGCAGCUCCCUCUGCCCUGUUGUGUGCCCCACUGCAGGGCAUAUCCCUACCCCUGACAAAGAAGGCAAGGAGGUGGAUACGACGCUGUUUGCAGAGUUCCAGGCUUGGAGGGCUUCACCUACCCUGGAUAAGAACUGCCCCUUCCUAGAAAGGGUGUACCGGGAGGACGUGGGCCCUUGCCUUGACUUCACAGUGCAGGAGCUCUCAGCUCUGGUUCGGACUGCUGUGGAGGACAACACACUCACCAUUGAGCCCGUGGCUUCACAGACACUGCCCGCUGUGAAGGUGCCCACUGUUGAGUGUAACAACACCAACACAUGUGCCCUGAGUGGCCUGGCACGUACCUGCCACCAUCGAAUCCGCCUGGGGGACUCUGACAGCCACUAUUACAUCUCACCGUCCUCCCGGGCCAGGAUCACCGCAGUAUGCAACUUCUUCACCUAUAUUCGCUACAUCCAGCAAGGUCUGGUUCGGCAGGAUGCGGAGCCGAUGUUCUGGGAGAUCAUGAGGCUGCGGAAGGGCAUGUCACUAGCCAAGCUUGGCUUCUUCCCCCAAGAGGCCUAGGGCAUGGCCCCAGGCCUGAAGUAAGCUCUGAGCUAGAGCAAACAGCUGCCUUGGGACAGAGAGACAAGAAAUCCUGGAGCCAGCUCUGAGCCAGAAGCUGAAAGGACAGAUAAACAACCAGGCUGUAGAGACAGUUCUGAGCCAGUACCACCCAUCCGUCCUGAGACAGACAAAAGGACAGCCUGGCCUGCACUUCAUGAGAUCACCCUCUUGCCCACUGAGCUCUGUAGCCAACAAGAGAAUCUCAAGAAAGUAUCAAAGACCAAGGUGCUCGGAGCAAGGAGCUCAGCCUUGGGGAGAGGACCCUUGAGUAGCCAGUACCCUCACCACAAUCCCCUGCUGCUUACCAAUGCUCUCUUGCUGCCACGACUUCAGAAAGGGGCUGUUCUAGGGUGGCUGGAUUUCCAGGGUAUGCUCUACCCACAGCCUCCAAGCCCUGGGACACCAGCACCCCCUUGUGGCCAUUUCUCACUCUGUUUCCAAGUGGCCUCAUUAGACUGCCCCAGUGGUAGGGCAGGCAAAUGUCUCCAAUCUGAACAAGGUGGAGGGAUAACUGCCCCGAAGUGCUCUGAAGGUGAGUCCAAGAUCCCUCCUCCAUUCUUCUGCAUGGAGGCCUCCCUNUCCCCUUCCUCUCCACUUCAACACCAUCUCCAGGAGGCCCUNUUCCUGAAGUUGCCAGGAAGUCUGGGCCCUUUCUUCCCAAAGUGUGCCACCAGGGGAGCCUCAGGACNUAACCCUGGGCAGCCAUCCAGACUUCAGGGGCCCUGGAUAUAGGAUGGGAUGGAGAGGCUGGGCCAAGCAGGACAUGGACCCUGCCUUAUCCAUCAUAGCCCACUGUGAACUGGGCUGGGGGCGGGGGGGAAUCCAACCUGGACAUAUCCCUCACCACGCCCCUAUUUCCUUCCAAUGGAAUGUAACNCGAUCUCUAUUUAAUAAAGGAAGGCUUUGUUGGUAGGGGCUAGGCGGCAGUGGCCUUCACUCCUGUGCCUUGGGGCUCUGGCCAGGGCUUGGGCAUCUGAAGGAAUGAAAUCAAAUCCUUUCCUAACUGGCCUCGUGCUUGGGAUUAAACCCAAAUCCUGAAGCUACCCCCAUGGCUACCACCACUUUCUUGCUGUAGGGAAGACUGUUGAAGUUGUCCUUAGCUUUUCACGGGGCUAUGAGGGAUUGGAAUGAGUUGACCACUCUCUUGAGAGUUCAGCUCUGAUCUGUGAAUCCCCCCAAAGCCCGUAGAGAUGACCCCAAGUCUACUAGAAGCCUGGAGUCAAAACACCCAGGCUUCCUGGGGCUGAUCGAUGCCACCUGUCAUAGGACAGACGGGGACGACAGAAGUGCCAGGCAUGGCAGGCACAAGUGGAGGUGGGGGCAACCGGGAUCCUGAGAGACCUCAGAGUAGGAUUGAGGAGAGAGAUGUCUUGUGGUUCUUGCCUCUGCCCAGCCAGUAGGGCUUUGUGCUUUCUUGAAAGGAAGGUGCAGCAGAUUCUGGGUUGGGACAGAGGUUGUCAGUAGCCCACAGAGAUUUCUCUAUUGGCCUGAGGCCCAGGUGUACGCAGAUGGUAGGUCAGCUGGGGGGCUGGCCAGAGCUUUGUCAAGGUCCUCUGCCGCCUUCACAUGUUCUCUGGCAAAUAGCUUGUUCCCAGGACUCUGCUGCCUCCAUUACUCCUCUAUUCUUACAUCUCCUCCCUCCUCCACUAUGACUAGAAUCCUUUGCUGUGUCCCCAGCCCCCAUAGACAUCUGGUCACUGAUCAGACCCUGUCGUAUCCACUCAUUCACUAACUAAUACUGGGGUUUCCUCUACCUCUGCUGGACAUUGGCCACAGUAUGCAUACCAGUAAUAUAUCUACAUCCAGGUUACUGGAUGGAGAGAAGUAAAAACCAAAGGAUGUCAGGGAAGGACUUGGUGUGCUUGUGGAAUCCCCAUGGCAUCCCCUGCUAUGUCAACCCUUCUUCACCUGGAGACAAGAGUGGAUGAAAGCCUGAGUACUUUAAUCAGUCUUGACUUCUGGGUUCUGGGCCCAGCCAUAUGCAGGACCACAAAGCCACCAGGAAACACCCAGAGGCCCACAGAGGACCUUACUCCCCUGACUUGUCCUGCUUCCCCAGAGCAUUGGCCAUGAUCUGAUGCCAGGUGGGGCCAUCAACACAGCCACACCCUGCUAGUAGCAAUUAAUAUCUAAGCACCAGUCAUAGCUCGCAGCCUUCUCUGUGAACCCAUUAUUCCAGUCUCUUAGCAAUGUUAAAACAUGCUAUUAUCCCUCAUGUAAAUGGAUAGAGGCACUGGAGAACACAAAGAGGUCCUGAGGUUGGGUUUAUUUACCUCAGUGGUAGAGGCUUGCCUAGCAAGCACAAGGCCCUGGCUGGGUUCAGUUUCCUGCUCC